AUGUUGCCUUCAUUCCAUCCAGCAAAUCCUUCCCUCGAAAAUACUCAUGAUCGGAUGGAUUUUACAAAAAUUCCUCACGAAUUAUUGCCAUCCAUUGCACUAUUUCAAAUAGACUCUCCCAAGAACAUGUUGAUGUGGUUUCUGAUUCAUCCCAAACUAUUCUAUGAAAAUAUGUAUGUUCGGAAACAAUUGACGGAUCAUCUCCAACGCUUAUGGUUCAACAAGUAUUACCAAGAAUAUUAUUUAUGGAAUGGCAGUGGUGGCCAUAGUCAUGGUCAGGAUUGUAAUAACGAAAAAAAUCGACACCACAAUUCCGAAUUAAGAAGAAAUAAUUUACAAGUACAUUUAAAAGAAUUAUUUCAAUUACGUGUCAUUUGUCAAGGAGUAAAAACAGAACAUCUUCUUGCAUUGCAUAGAGGAACCAUACUGCAAAUUGAAGAUAAUUGGGAAGCUAUGAAUCGAUGGAUUGGUGAUUACAUGUCACUUUCAACAUUAUUUCAAAUGAAAUUUACACUCCUCACAGAUUUGUGUUCAGUAUACAACGAAGACUACAAGUGUCACUUGUUGAAAAUGAGCUAUGCCUUUAAACCAUGCAAUAGCUCGUUGGUAGAGGAGCAUUCUGUAAAUCUUAAUCAAAUAACGUCGUACAGGGUUUGCAUACAUAUUCAUUUUGAAAUCAGGACUAGUAUGAGCUUGGGGUCGUUACAAGAUGCGCCUCGAUCUGUGUUGAUGGUGACCACAACUAGUCAGAAAAUCGCAUGCAAACAGUUCUUGAUUCAGGCUGAUUCCAACGAUUUCAAGAAAGGAAUAUUGGUUUUCAUUGGUGAAUUCUCUACCAAUGUAAUGCUUAAUGGUAAUAGUUUGCCCUUAAAAUUCAUGUAUGGAGUUUCAGGGUAUACUUAUUCAGAGGAGUUUUAUUUGGAAUUAAAAUGA